GAUGUAAUAGUCAGGAACCUAGAUCUGGACACUGGGCCAGUGUGCAAUUCAUCACUUACAGCAGACUUGGAGUAUGUACACCUUAUAAUCCCUCUACCUCUACUGCAUCUUCACCCCCAUCUUCCGAAAAGGCUCCAACAUAUACAGACACUAAUUAACAGAACGGUGGUUUUCUUCUCUACCUUUAUCAUGGGCAACACAAUUGGUCGAAGGGAGUACUACUAGGCGAAGAAGUGAUGUAUUUUGGGAAGUAUUGGCAUACUCGCCGUACAAUGGGGCUUGAGCUCGACCCCAGAUGUCCAUACAUUAUCAUCUACCAUAUGUUCCCAUAUACAUGCUCUGGUCACCCCCAUUGUGUGCAUUCAGCACCCUACCAACCAACACAGAGUUAUUCACUUGUGUCCACCCCCGCACCCUGCUUAGUUUAACUGCGAAAGACGGUAUGGAACAGUAGUUUGGGAUGAGAGUGAG